AUGGAAGACAUCGAAAAUGCCAGCUUCAAAGAUGUUGAGGAAUCCGAAAUGACCAACCCGUCAGCACGCAAGCAGGUAUCGCAUGAUCGAACCAUUUAUGCCUCGCGAGCCAUCUUUCCGAAGGAGGGACCGCUGCGUCUUUCUGGCUUCAGUGAAGCUAGGAUCGGACCUGGUCCGUAUGAUUAUCCUGCCAUGCCUAUGCCAUAUCGCGCACCUGAGAUAACGCUCGGGGUGCCGUGGAGCUAUCCCAUUGAUAUCUGGUGUGUUGGGCUUGUGGCACGUGAUCUUCUUGGGCUGGGUAGGCCUUUCAAUGCCGACCACGAGGCCGGCGAUAUGUAUGAGGCAGCUCAUCUUGCAGAGUUGAUUGCUGUGCUAGGUCCGCCGCCUGCUGCGUUUCUGGCGCUCAAUCCUGAGAAGGCGGCUCAGUUCUGGGAUGAAGAAGGGAGAUGGAAGGACAUUGUUCCCAUUCCUGAGAGGGGCAUGCUUGAGUCGUUAGAAGGUCAAAUGGAUCUACCUCUUGCGUUUGUGAAGUUCAUGCGCAGAACUUUGACCUGGAUGCCUAAUGAGAGAGCGACUGCUAAAGAUCUUCUUGAGGACCCUUGGUUGAACGACUGA